AUGACUUCUAGGCUUACUUCGUCACGUGCACGUCCACCGACAUCCUCUCGCCCAAUUUCGAGUCACAAAGGCACUGGAUUCAGCUCGGGCGGCUUAGGUACUUCUGGAGGUAAGAAGGUUAUCUCUCCACUUGAUCAUGUAAGAGAUUCAUUCUCACAAUUCAUUAAUGAUACAAGUGAUUCACCAGAAAAUAAGGUGAAGAAAUUCAAAAAGGAUAUAAUGGAUGCUAUCAUAGCUUCAUCGCAGGCUUUAAAGGCUGAUCCUCCGGAUAGUUCUUUAUCUCUUACAAAAGCUAAGGAAGCUGAUGCACAACUCAAGAGUCUUCAAGAUUUUAUCACAUCAAAGAACUUCGAUGAGCAAGAAUUCAAGACUUACAAAUAUACAGUUCUUAUGCAACUUGCUGAUGCUUAUAAAGCCAACUCCAAUUACGAUGAAGCAAUCCGCAGAUACAAAAGAUUACUUAAAGAUCAUGAAUAUCCUAACAUGUUCAUGCCAUAUUUAGAAAUCGGUAAUAUCAACAUGAUUCUCGGAAAAUACGAAGAUGCCGUUAAAAACUACAACAUGGGCAUUAACUAUUUGAAGCCAGAACAUAGCAGAUACAAAGCCAGAUUCAAUCAUGCUUGUGGCGUUGCUCAAAUUUGCCUUGGACAGUACACACAAGCUCUUUCUGCCUUUGAAACUGCAAUGAGACUUGAUCCAUCCAUCAAGACUGGCUACAAUCUUGUUUUAUGCCACGCAUUACUUUCAUCUACCGACGAAGUUAGAGAUGCUUACAAAGGAUUGCUUGGUGUCAAGCCAAUUACAACUAUUGGUGACAUCAGUGAGUCAGAUAUCCUUGGAAAUCAACUCCACGUCGAGAGAAGAGAACAAGUCAGAUUAGUCAUGCUUGCAAGCCGUUUAGUUGCAUCAAAGACGGAUAAAGAUUGGCAAGAAGCUUACGAUUACGUAUUGCAAAAGCUCAAACAGUCGAAAUUCCCUGAAGCAACAGGAGAAUUUGAAAUUGCCUAUUCUCUUGCACACUUAAACCAUCAUAAUGCUGAUAAAGCUAUUGAGAUGCUUCGCCAGAUCAGGAAGAAAGACCCAGCUCUCAUGGCUCUCGCAGCAACAAACCUUUCAUUCUUAUAUUACCUCGAACAAGACUACGAAAACGCCGAUAAAUACGCUCAAAUGGCUCUUGACCAUGAUAAAUACAAUGCACAAGCUCUUGUUAACAAAGGCAACUGUCUUAUGCAAUCAAAUCAUGAAGAAGAAGCCAGAGACCAAUAUCUUGAAGCUAUUGGUGUUGAAGCUGAUUGCGUUGAAGCUCUUUACAACCUCGGUGUUGUUUCAAAGAUGACAGGACAAUACGAUGAAGCAUUACAAGUCUUUGAGAAGCUUAACAGAAUUAUCCCAAAGGCUCCUGAAGUUGCAUUCGAAAUAUCUGAUUGCUACGAAAAGGCUGGAAUGAACGUAAAUGCAAUUGAAUGGUUGCAUCGUUUAAUUAACAUCCAACCAAAGGAUCCUGCCAUUUGGCGUCGAAUCGGAGCAAUUUGGGAUAGAGAUCAGAAUGAAUCCCAAGCAUUCCAUUGCUACACAGAGUCCUACAAAUUCUGUCCAAGCGAUAUCGACGUCAUUCAAUGGCUUGGCAGUUAUUUCAGAAAGAAACAAUCGUACGACCAAGCAUUGAAGUUCUUCGAACGCGCUGCAGAGUUAGCUCCAAAGCAGCCACGUUAUUUGAUGAUGGUUGCUUCUUGCCACAGGAAUAUGGACCAGAAACAAGAAGCACUCGCUGCAUACGAGAAAGUCAUGCAAUUGGAUCCAAACAACAAACAAUGUUUGGAACAUUUGAUCAAAUUGACUACAGAAAUGGGUUUGACACAAAAGGCUGAUUUAUAUCAGAGAAUGUGCAAGGAUUUGAUGGAGAGGAUUGCUUUGAUGCAGCAGGAAGAAAUGGAUGCACAACAGAUGCAAGGAAUGCAAGGAGAUCAAAUGGGAUAUCAAGACCAAGGAUUCAAUCAAUUCAAUGACCAAAGAAGAGCUGAUAACGUUAUGGACUUUGGAAAUAACAAAGAAAAUGUUGUCGCUCCAGCACUGAACGUUGACGCUUCUGCAAAGGGAAUGGUUCAGAAUGCUCGUGCAGGAGAAGGUGAUGGAAAUAUGUGGGAUGAUGUGGAUAUUGACCUUCCAGACUAA